ACCUAUUACCUCUUACCACUUCUACUUUCAUCUCACUACUAUCUAACAUGGGUUGGUUCAGCGACGAUUCUGACCAAGCUAACGCUUACAACGAAGUUACGAAUGCCCCCCACAAGGCUACGCUCUCGCACGAGCUGAUCGCCGCCGCUGCUUCGUACGAGGCCGCCAAAGCGUACGAGAACCACGUCGCAGAGAAUGGCCAGCCUACCUCUCACGCAAAGGCGAAGGAAAUACUUGCCGGAUUUGCUGGUGCCUUCGUUGAUCGUGAGGCAGAGACCAAAGGGCUUGACUACAUCGACAGGGAGAAGGCUAAGCACCAUGCAACCAACAGCUCCAUGAUGCUUCCUACGACGACUAUAACUAAAUCGUAAUUCGAACCGACCCGAAACUGUAACAUACCGCUGUUUAUCUGAGGAACAAUAAGAAUGACAAUGUGAUUUACCAUAAAUUACAAUCCAAUGAUUAUCAGUUUACCAUUGAUC